AUAGUGGUGAUGCAAUUAGACUACGAAGAAAGUGAUGGGGAGAAAAAGAAGGAGAAAAGAAGAGAAGCCAUGAUUGCUGCCGCUGACUCUGCGGAGGUGGAGUCAAUCUCGAUGGACGACAUUAAUAAUGUGCUAACAGUUACAGGGAGCGCGGGAGCAGUGACGGGCAGGGUGUUUGAGCUGAUGAAAGGCAGGAGAGGCGGCUACCCCAAACCACAUAUUGACUCUCUCGGUGCCAAACCAGCUGCUAAAAAACCAGAUGAUGCGGCGGCGAAAAAGGACAGUGAGGAGGCGAAGAAAGGUGACGGCGACAAAGAAAAUGGGAAAAGCAACGGCGAUUCAAAAAUCGAAAUACAGGUUGUGGUGCUGGAUUUUAAGGAAGGUGUGGGCGAUACUGGUUUAGCAGAAGCGAUGAAAGUGAUCGCCGAAUAUCCCGAUGUGAAAUCCAUCUCUAGAGUAAAGAAUAUAUUCACAGUUACAGGGCUGAGUGGAAUUGCAGAUAAUAUUCUGAAGCAUGUCAAAAAACGAGGUGCGUGCUACCAAAACAACAAUGUCAAAAAUACGAAAGUGGACACUAAAUCUGUACCUGUGGAGAAGGAGAAGAAGAAGGCAAAUGAUCAAAGUAAGAAAGUAGUGCUGAAAUUGGAUGCAAACGAGAAAUUUGAACCGGAAGAAGCAGAGAAAUAUAUGCAAGCAGCCAUGGAAAUAGUUGCGGGGCUUGAGGGAUUGGAUUCCCUCUCCAUAGACGUUGAGAAGAGGCUGCUGACAGUGACAGGCAUCGCAAAUCCGGGGCAAGUCCUGGUCAGGCUUAGGGUCAGGGGUUCCCUGCCCUACCAGAGGACAACAUUUGUGUCUGUGGGUCCCAAGAAAGCAGAGGACAAGCCGAAGCAACCGGAUAGUAAAACAACAAAAGGUCCCACCAAUAAUCCUAUUGUCAAUCCAGUCAUCCCGCCUGCUCCACUCGGUUAUUACAAUGAAGACGCUUAUACUCCCUUUUAUUAUGACCCGCCCCCAAUGCACCCGAGUGGAGGGUAUGGUUGGGGGGCUCCCCCUCCCUUCAAAUCUUUGUUUGGGUGGUAGUAUAUCUCUAGCUGAAUGGAGUACAUUGUACAAUAUAUACUCAUAAGCUACUAUUCUCCAUGGGAUCGUGAAUAUUCAUCUAUAUUUUAUUUAAUAUCAAUUAUAAUAAUUCUGUUUCUUAA